ACGGGCUAUAUAAAGAGAAAUUAUUCAAAGACAAGUCAAUAGUCAAUUGUUAACUCAAGUGAUUUAUUUCAAAAUGAAAUUCGCUGUAUUUGCUCUCAUCGUCAGUUUGUGCCUUGUGGCGGUCACCGCCAAAGCAACUGGAAAUUUCAUGAUCGAAAAUGAAGAAAUUCAGGAUUAUGAAUACAUUGCCCAGGACUUAGCUGAGGAAAUUAUGGAAAUUGAACCCCAGGGACUCUUCGGUGGCAUGUACUUUGUGUUGAAGAAAAUAUUGAAAACUCUUAAUGGCGUCAAAUGUACCAUUGAUGAAGUCUUGAGAAUCCAAGUUGCUGCCCACACUUUCCUUACUGACAUUACCGCUUGCGGUGGUGAGGUUUCCAAGAAAGUUCAAACUUUAAUCGCUGCCGUUAAUGACAUUAUUGACACCUGCAAGGCUAUUAUUGGAAUCAAUGAAAGUGUUUGUGCUAAUGGCCAGGAUGGCAAAACUACCAGAGGUGUUGUAUCUGGCAUAAAAUCUAGUCACAAAUGUGCUGUCAAUAUGUUGCGCAAACUUUUAAGAUUGAACAAACAAAUUAAACGUGCUUUGAAAUUGAUUUAUCAAAUCAAGAAAGUUCCCGGUGAUACCAGCAAAUGUGUUUUGGAUGCCGUCGACUCUUUGGAAAAGUAUUUCACUGAAUUCCCAGCCAACAUUAAAGCCUGCUCUAACGUGCCUUCAUACCAGUCCUAAAUAGUGUGGGAAUUAGAAAGAAAACUAUUUUACGAUU